AUGGCUUUGAGAGUAGCAUUCCUGGGGCCGCUGGCGUCCUUCUCGCACCAGGCCGCCGCUGAAUCAUUCGGCCGACUUUCCGCAGAUCUCCAGCCCAAGAGCUCGUUCAACGACGCAUUUGCCGCCCUCCAGCAGAACCAAGCUGAUUUCGCCGUCAUCCCGUGCGAGAACUCGACCAAUGGCUCCGUCGUCCAGACACUAGAUCUCCUGGCAGACCGGGACAACUCAUAUCCGGACGUCAAGGUCUGUGGUGAAUACUACCUCACUGUUCACCACUGCCUGCUCACGCGGAAAGGCUUAUAUCCCAGCUGGGCUGAGUACGAUGGCUCGAUAACAAAGCUGUACACGCAUCCCCAGGCGUGGGGACAAUGCGAGACUUUCCUCGGAAAGUACUUCAAAGGAGUCGAGAGACAAGAUGUUUCCUCUACUUCCAAAGGCGGCGAGAUCGUCUCGAAGGACUUCGAAGAGCGUGGUGGAGCAAUCGCUAGUCGCUUUGCCGCGGAGCAUCACGGUACAGACGUGUUAGUCGAGAACAUCGAAGACCGUGCUGAUAACACGACGCGCUUCUUGAUUUUGAGAAACGGAUGCGCGCUUGAGACCACCCACAAGACUUUGGUCUCCUUCUUGAUCGAUCAUGCUUCUCCCGGUGCCUUAGCCAAUGCGCUGCUCAUCUUCAAGAAGCACGGUUUGAACUUGACCAGCAUUAACACAAGGCCAAGCUUGAAGAAGCCUUGGCAGUAUAUCUUCUUUGUUGAAUGUGGGAGGACGCCUUCAGAGGAGAACAAGGAUGCUGUUCACAGGGCUCUCAUUGAACUAAGAGAAGUGACCGAGUCAUGCAGAGACCUGGGAACUUGGAAAGACCAGUUGAGUGCAAAUGCUUAG